GUGAGUCUGUUGAAUAAUAAAAGAAUUUGCUUGACGGGGUUUUGUAGUGUUUCGUUGUCUCAAUGAGUUAUUGCAGGGGAUAGACGACAGUCCCUUUUGUGCAAAAUGGACUGGAAUGAUUCAUCCAAUUCCUCAGAAAGUGACAGUGAAGCUCAUUCAGCCUUUACACAGACUGAGCACAACAUAGUUGCAGCUUACUUAAUAACAGCAGGAGUGAUAAGCAUUUUCAGUAACAUUGUUGUGUUAGGCAUCUUUGUUAAGUACAGAGAGCUUCGGACGGCAACCAAUGCAAUUAUUAUCAACUUGGCUUUUACUGACAUUGGUGUCAGUGGCAUUGGUUACCCUAUGUCGGCUGCCUCAGACCUGCAUGGAAGCUGGAAAUUUGGAUAUACUGGAUGCCAGAUCUAUGCUGCCUUAAAUAUCUUUUUUGGGAUGGCGAGUAUUGGUUUGCUCACUGUUGUUGCAGUUGACCGUUACCUGACAAUCUGCAGGCCUGAUAUAGGGAGAAGAAUGACUGCCCGUAGCUAUGCCGCUCUAAUCCUUGCUGCUUGGAUCAAUGCAGUCUUUUGGGCUUCCAUGCCUACUGUGGGCUGGGCUAGCUACGCUCCGGAUCCGACUGGAGCAACGUGCACAGUAAAUUGGAGAAAAAAUGAUGCGUCCUUUGUUUCCUACACAAUGAGUGUAAUUGCUGUUAAUUUUGUUGUACCCUUAACAGUCAUGUUUUACUGUUAUUACAAUGUUUCCCGGACAAUGAAACAAUAUACCAGCAGUAACUGCCUGGAGAGCAUCAACAUAGAUUGGUCUGACCAAGUAGAUGUGACAAAGAUGUCUGUUGUGAUGAUUGUAAUGUUCUUGGUGGCAUGGUCUCCAUAUUCUAUUGUGUGUUUAUGGUCUUCCUUUGGAGACCCAAAGAAAAUUUCUCCUGCAAUGGCCAUCAUAGCGCCUCUUUUUGCAAAGUCUUCCACAUUCUACAAUCCCUGCAUUUAUGUUGUUGCAAACAAAAAGUUUCGAAGGGCGAUCCUGGCCAUGGUGCGAUGUCAGACAAGACAAGAGAUAACUAUAAACAAUGCCUUGCCCAUGAGUGUAUCUCAAAGUGCACUGACAUCGUAG